AUGUUUUUAGUUUUAAUAUUAGAGUCUGUAAGUAGUUAUAUGCUUGAACCAAGACAUGGAUUAAUGAUUACAACUAAGACAACUACAAAUCCAUUCGCCUAUAACAACAGCUUUAGCCAUAUGAGACCUUUUUCAGAACCUCUAUUUUUUGAACGUAUUCACAGAGAAAUGGAGCCAUUUGCCGUGGAAGAAGAGCAUCGCAAGCAAGAUUUAGAUUCAUUUCCUAAACUUAAGAAGAAAUUUAGUGAAGUUUUUUUUAGCCACACAAUAGUUAGACUAGCUUUAUUUACAGUGGCAUGUGCACUAUUCUUUUUUAUAGGAUAUCAAACAAGAAAAAGUCAAGAGAGUAAUUCGUAUAUUAGGCUGCCAACUACCAAUUAA